GAAACAGAUUAGAUAAGAUAUUGCACCUCGUACCAGCCAAACCUUCCUAGAUUAUUAGCCAUCAUUCAGCAAGUGGAAGUGGCUCAAUUUUUUCUCACAGGAGGAAAUAACUAAAUUAUAAAGAUACUGAAUCAAUACUAAAUAGAAAAAUCUGUGCCAAUGUGACAAUAUUACUGAACUAAGUAUUCAAGGGUUGGAUCUAUUAGCAUUCACGAGGAUAAUCAAGUCACUCCUGAUUUAGUCUGCAGUGAAAUAAAUUUUUAACCUUGUAGUUAUUUUAAGAAAACAUUUGCCAAUUUAUGAAAAUGCUUAUAUGUGUAGUAAGUAAAAUUAGUAUUCUAUUUAAUUAUUAUACGAGUGACAAAAUGUACAGAUGAACAGAUUUUUGUGCACUGCUUGAGGUAACAAAGCAUUAUAAAAAGCCCCACCACAAUGGAGCACAGUGAGCUUUUGCAAGAGAUGCAGCAGAUUGAAAAGUUGCCAAUAAAUGAGAGAGUUAAACUAGCACAGAAGAGAAGGAAGCAGCAGUUAACAGCAUAUGCAAAAUGGGCUAAAACAGAUAAUAUUAACAACAGACAAAGAUCAAAGAACAUACGAGAAGUAGCAUUUGCUCCAGAAGUACAACUUAUGGACAUUGCUGCAAGGGGAUCACAUGAAGACAUGCGCAAUCUUCUGAAAUCAGGAAUCGAUCCGAACAUGAGGAACCACGAUGGACUGACAGCACUGCAUCAGGCUUGUAUAGAUGGCUCACUGGAACUGGUAACACUUUUAUUAAAACAUGGAGCUGAUGUAAAUAUUACAGAUCAAGAUCUUUGGACACCUCUACAUGCAGCUGCCACCUGUGGACACUUUAAAAUUGUGACAACUUUAAUCAAAGCAGGAGCCAAUUUGACAGCUAUUAAUUGUGAUGGGGAGAUGCCUCAUGAUAUUACUGAUGAUGAAGUGACUUUCCAGUAUAUGGAAAAUGAAAUGAUGAAAAGAGGCAUUACACAAGAUAUCAUUGAGAGGAUUCGUGAAGAACCUCAUGAUGUCAUGCUUAGAGACAUUAAAAAUACUGUAUUGACUGGAGGAGACCUUAAUCAACCAUUGGAAAGAAAGAGCACUUUUCUUCAUGCAGCUAUUGCAAAUGGAUUUAAUGAUAUAGUAAAAUUGCUAAUAGACAAUGGAGCCUCUUUAACAGCACGUGAUGAAGAUGGAUGGGAACCCAUACAUGCAGCAUCUUACUGGUGCAAUGAAGCAGCAAUUGACUUGCUCACACAUGACAAACGAGUAAAUUUACAAACAUGUACUGGAUAUGGGGAAACUCCUUAUGACCUCUGUGAUGAUCCUGAAAUAAAAUCAGUGAUUCUCCACAAAAUAAGUAUAAUGUCAGACAUGUGUGAACUCUAUGGUGAAGCAAGUCCUGAGAAUUUAACUCCAAUUUUUGAAGAAGUGGAGAGAACUACUAUAGAUGACAGCAAUGAAAAACACUUUCAAGACAUCAAUAUAAACUCACUUGAAUCUUUCUACAGUGAACCACAAAAGAAACUAGACUUAUUUAUUGUUACAGAUGAAAGUUUGGAUGGUUCACGAAACCCAAGCAUAGAUGACACACCUUCAUCUCCUAUUGUUAAUAUAGAAGCAAUAGAACUCUCUUCAGAUCGUAGGAAUUCAAUAAAAGAGGCUAAACACAAGGCUGAAUUAAUAAGAAGCAUUGACAGGCUUAGUACCAAGGAAAAGAAAAAUAUAAAAAGUGAUACUAAGAGUAAACAAACUGAUGACCCAAGAUCAGUCUGCAACAAGGAAAAUAUUACUCCUAAUAUAAAUCCACUUUUCAUUACCAGUACUACAGUUGAGGACAACAAAAUAAAUAACCAUAACUCAGUAUUUAAUGCAAAUAUUAAUAGUAGCAGUAAUAAUAAUAAUAAUAAUAAUAAUAAUAAUAAUAAUGAUAAGGAUAAUGAUAAUAGUAAUACCAAUAAUAACAGCACUAAUAAAAAUAAUGAUGCUAACCAUAAAGGAAUUCACCCUUCAAGCAGUGCAUUCACACCACAGACAACUACUAAUGAAAUUGAAGAGGAAGUAAAAGCAGAACAAAUCAGCUUUAAACCAAGGAAGAAAAUGCCUACUCGCCCAUUACCUAAAGGGUCACUAUUAGAUCUUAAGAGACAGCGUCGAGAAGCUCGAGAGCAACAAAUUCAAACUCUGCAAGAGAACACCAUGGCUUUGGAAGCACAAUCUGCUUUGUAUGCUGCUUUGCCCUUUAUAUACCAACCCCCUCCCAGUCCUACAGUGUUUCGGUACAAAUAUAAAAUGAUUCUUUUUGAUAAUAAUAUUGAAAAAGCAUUUAUCAAAAAGAAAAAAUGUUCUAUUAUGUGAAAUAAUAUACGAUGGAGUAAUUUACUGAGAAAAUCAUAGUUUAUUGUAUUGAUGUGUGUGUAUAAUGGUAAACAGUCCAGUGUUUACUUCCUUCAUCACACGAUGUAACUUAAUGAGUUAACAGAAAGUUCAGAAAAAACCUAACAUGCUUGUGAAAAACUGUAAGUGCUCAAAAUAAUGGACUGGAUGCAAAACACUCCACACGUACUGUACAUGUAUAUACCAGAUAUAGGUAAUAUUGCAUGAUUACCUUACAACAGUAUAUUCACCUGACUGGUAUUCAUUAUCACAAGUAUUUUUCCAAGUACAGUGGACCCCCGGUUUACAAUAUUAUUUCAUUCCAGAAGUAUGUUCAGGUGCCAGUACUGAACGAAUUUGUUCCCAUAAGGAAUGUUGUGAAGUAGAUUAGUCCAUUUCAGACCCCCAAACAUACACGUACAAACGCACUUACAUAAAUACACUUACAUAAUUGGUCGCAUUGGGAGCUGAUCAUAAAGCGGGGGUCCACUGUACUGUAUGUUCUUUUUUUUUUUUUUUUUUUACACACUGGCUAUUUAUUAUAAUUAUUAUAUAUUUUAACCACUUAAUAUUUGUUGCAUAAUUUUGUGUUCAUCAUUUCAUCUUUCCUACAUUUAUUGUGACUAUUAAUUUCUGCAUUAAUAUUAUUUGUCUAUAAUUUGUAAAUCUUAUAGCCAAUUACCAUAAAAAUUAUUAUUAUAA